GUUAGUUUGAUAUAUUCAAACUUUCUCUUUGUCGAAUUUUGAGUUUUGAAGUUUAAACGGAUCCGAAUAACGACAGCAACCUUAGGCAUCAUCAAGGAUGCAGUUCUGUUUUCUUAGUUCUUGCGUCUUGUAAAAAAAAUUUAACGCUAUGUGCUUUCUACUUCUUUUGACCAUGAAGCUGUGCACAGGUCCACUUCCUUCCCAUCCCAUCACUCUUUCGCAUUUCCGGAAGGACCAAAAUAUUUCCUGAAAAUAUUUCCAAUUGUCUACCUACCUACCUACUUAGGUACUCAGGUUAGGCAAUUGUACUUUAUUUUCGACUUUCUUUCUUUACCCGUUCACGUCGUUCCCAAUUGCAAUUGCAAUGCCUUUUCCUUAUACAUUCGUGUGCGAUCUGCUCCAAGAGCUUGAUGAUGCGUCUCAGAAGAAAGAAGAGAAGGACCUAGCUCUUAUCAAGACCAUAAUCGAGGCUUGGUUUCGCAAACAUCGCUCACUUCUUGAUGAACCCGAAAAUGAUGCAUCCGCUAUAUUAUCUACUCUCAUGCCAGAGAGGAGGACCGACCGGGUCUACUCCAUUCAGGCUCCAACACUCGAGGGCAUAUUUGGCAAGGCUCUACUUCUAGGUAUUUCGAGAGUCCAGGAAUUGAGAAGAUACAAAACACCUCGUAUGGGUGUAGAUCUCGCCGAUUGCAUUGAAAAUAUUUUGACACGAACGCCUAAUAUCAUGGAAGACAGCAAUGAACUUACUGUAGAAGAAAUCGAUGGCACUCUAGGUUCUAUUGCAGCUGGCUGUCGGUUCAGCUCACCUGCGGUAAGGGCGUUGCGUGAAACUCAGGGUCCUAUUAGCCAGGAUCGAGCUCUGGCCGAUAUCUACAGACGACUCAGUCCACGCGAUGCGAAAUGGUUCACAAGAUUAGUGUUGAGGAAUUACCUGCCGGUCGUAUUACCCCACUGGAUCGUCUUCCGCUGCUACCAUGCCCUUCUACCCCAGUUGAUGAAGGUUAGAGAUGAUCUUUCUGUGACUCCUGCUUUCCUGCGGCACCUUAUUCAGUCGCCCCAUGACAGUGCUAUAGCAGCUAUGCUCAAACCUGCUCUCGGCACAAAAGUGGGAAGGCAGCCAUUUUUGAAAGGGAGAAGUAUCAAAAAUUGUCUAGAUCUGGGUAAAUCUCAGGACGUGAGUUGCGAACAGAAGCUUGAUGGGGAGUACUGUCAAAUACACAUCGAUCUCCGCAACCCUCUUUCUCCAAUCCAAAUAUUCUCCAAGAGCGGCAAGGAUAGCACUCAGGAUCGAAAGGGUCUUCAUCGACCUAUAAAAGACUCACUCAAACUAGGGACAUCGGAAUGCCCCAUCAAAACUGGUUGCAUUCUAGAAGGGGAACUAGUGGUAUAUAGUAACAAGGAAAAUAAGAUCCUUCCAUUCCACAAGAUCCGAAAGCACGUUUCACGCUCAGGUUCUUGGCCAGGGACCUUCCAUGAUUCUCAGCGACAUGAUCAUGAGCACUUAAUGAUCGUAUAUUUUGAUGUGCUGAUGAUUGAUAAUGAAUCGUUACUCACUGUUCGGCAGUCUCAGCGUUUUAAGCGCUUGAGUGAGCUCAUCACUUGUCGAAAGGGCUACGCUGAGCUAGUACCACGCCAAGUUAUCUCUUUCUCUCGGCCAUCUGCUGCAUCUAGACUACGCGAGGCUUUUGCGGAAUGCAUAGUGGCUCGAAACGAAGGCCUCGUACUGAAACCUGAUGCACCUUACUUUGACUUGGUCUCAGGGUAUGGACCAUACAACUUUUGCAACAUUAAGCUCAAAAAGGAGUAUUUUGAAGGCUGGGGUGAUGUCGGAGACUUUGCAGUAGUUGGCGCGUCAUAUGAUGCUGCGAAAGCAAAGGAGUACAAAUCAACACACAUCGCAUGGACUCAUUUUUUCAUUGGAUGUUUGGAGAACAAAGGAGAAGUGCAAGCAAAGGUUGAGAAGCCUCGAUUCAAAGUCACUAACAUCGUCGAACUUUCCGAACCCCUUAUUUGGACGUUGAUGACUCAAUGCUUCCCGUCCCCGGUCCCGUUCGAGAUGAAUGAAUCUAUCGUCUUGGACUUUGGGGGGAACGGAUUAGGCAAACGACCAACGGAUAUCUUCCGAGAUCCAUUAGUAUUCGAUAUGCGUUGCUUUUCAUUCGACAAAGAACCUAAUACGAACUUUUGGAGCAUGCGAUUCCCAAUUGUCUCCAAGAUUCACCAUGAUCGGUCUUAUAUGGAUACGAUCACUUUUGCCGAACUUCAAGAUAUUGCAACAGCAACAACCGAGAUGGCGGAGGUUGAAGAUAGCCAAGAAAUGCGUGAAUGGAUAAAAGGACUAGAAAAGGCUGACCCACGAGGAAUACCCAUCGAUGCUAUAAACCAGCAAAGCCCCAGCACAGAGAUGGGAAGAACUCCAACAUCGCCGAAUGAACAUACCGAGCAUUUUGCUCUAUCGGAAUGUCCUAGCGAGUCGCCAGGAACAGCACAAUCUCAGAAACGACCUGCGCCUGAUAUAGCCGUAUCUGCCAACAAGUCUCGAAAGGUUUCCAAUACUUCUACGCCCUCAAGCUCGACCGACAACUCUACUGAUGUGCCGCACCUGAGCGUUAAAGACAGGCAACCCCUCAGCGAAGUUAACGCAAAUUCUAUUCGGGAACAUCAUCGUACUAAGUCUCCGCCUCAGUUCUCUAAAGAGCCGUCUCCCAGUGUGUCCAUGCCUGAGUAUCCUAUAUCGCCAAUAGGGGACGAUGACUCGUCAUCCGCACACCCUCACACCGCCGUUACUGAUAUCGCUUGCACCCAACAACCUACAGGAGAGCAAAAUUGCCCCCCACAGCUCCCUCCAACGGAAAACGACUGCCCGCAUACUGGGAAGAAAUGCGAAUUUAGCAAUUGUUCUAUUCUACUGGCGCCAUGCAUCUCUCAGUAUGCUUGGGUUGCAGAUAAUUUGCUUCAGGACCAUGGUAUCAAAACUUUUUUCGUUGAUCCCCAUGUAUGGUCCCAAGCACCUAUGCCGAAGGGAUCAGCAUACAAAUGGGACGCAUCAUCGCAAAAGAUGAGGCGACUUCGAGUCCGCAAGAUCUGCCUCGUUGAGUCGAGGCGCGAGGAUGCAACACAAUCAUUCGUUGAGAAGAUAGAAGCAGCUGGUCUAAAGAAGAAGAAUGGAGAACGUGAGUGGGUUGGCGUCUAUGAUUGGCGAAUUUUGGAAGAGAUAUCUGAUAUCGAAUCUGGAAAGAAGCAAUCUGGAGAGGUUGAUCCCUGGAGGAAGCAUUACGUGGGAAUCACAUAGGGAGACAAGAGUUGGCAGUAUUGUAAGUGUCUUGCAUUGCGACGGCGUUGCAUUUCAAAAGGGGGGAUGUGUCUUGAUUUGUCAGGCUAUGCUUUGAAAAGGGGCAAAAGUAAUCCAAGCAUCUCUGGAUAAAUGGAAUAAAGUACCACUUUUUCCACGUACCAAAGGUCUUGGGCUUUUUGCGAGAAGUUUCAUGAAAUGGCUUGUAUGGUAAUACUCUUUGAAUGAGCAACGAAUCUGUACGAAAGGGGAUCAUGUGGCUUUAUUAAUGAUAUCCAUCACGAUCCACGUUAUUCUCAACGAUAGUCUUAGGAUUUCGCAUAAACUAAGUACGAAGGGAUAGCUUCUAUCCUAGGUACUCCUUCUUAUUCAUUCAUCCAUCAGG